CAUGCCUGUAUAAAAUUGAUGUUUAUCAUGUGCUACGCUCUCACAAAAAUCAAUUUUGCACAUUCGUAAAAUUUUUAUUUUUUUUUGUCUACUUUAUUAACAAAUAUAAAAAAAUUCAAUAAUACAUUGAACGAUCUGUGUCACAACUUUUCACACUUGUCUCGUAGCGCUAGAAGUGAGCUGUCAGACGCUUAGAUGCAGGACCUUCGCAACACACCGACAAUUGUUAUUGUUGGUGGUGGUGCCGGCACUGAUGGCUGGAUGAGAGGUUACCCCAACACAACAUCCGGCUCCUUGCUAAAACAUUUAGCCAAUCAUUCAUGGGUUCUGGCAGUAUAAACAACUGAAUCAGAGUAUCGAUCGUCAAAGUUGUGCUGCCGAUGCCUUGGCGUGUUGGAGGAGGGAACCAAAAAUGGCCGCAUCAAAUCAAAGUACCGCUAUCGAUUCUGUCGACAAUGCCAACCGAUUGCCGAUCGAAUGCCAACCAAUUCGACAUUUCGACCAGGUGCAAUAAAAUUUGGAGCUGGCAAUUCUACCACUACCACUAUACUGUCAAUCAAAUCGAAUUGCGAAUUGACCCAUAGUCCGCGACGGUGGACAGCCGAUGGCCAGCGCAUAAAAUAUCGUAGAUAUGUUAUUAGCAACGAUUGUCGCAGCCUCACAGUUGACAGAGACACCAAUGCUGGAUUCAAUAUGCUGCCCCAUUUUUUGCAUGAAGUGUUUGACGAACCAUUGCCCGACCCAUUCACCCAACCCUAUGCCGAACAAGCAGAACAAACCGAACAACGACGCCAGAUGAUCAAAACAAAAUUGGUAUUAGAACGGCAACAAAGGCGCAAGAAUCGCAUAUAAUUAACUAAAUAAUCCUACUCUUAAUAAUUCUACUCUUUGUCCAAAAAUACUACAUUCUAAUCUGAAA